CCGUUCUGAGUGACCUUUCACCCGCGCCCAGCGGUCCCGGACGGCGGCACAAGGCGGAAGCCAUGGCGGAGGCGGCGGCUGCAGCAGGCGAGACGGGCGCGAGCGCGGGCUCCGGUCCUGCAGUGGACCGGGACCCGGAGCGGGACCGCGCGGGGCGGAGGCUGCGGGUUCUCUCGGGCCAUCUGCUGGGCCGGCCCCGGGAGGCGCUGAGUACCAAUGAGUGCAAAGCGCGGAGAGCCGCGUCGGCUGCCACGGCGGCGCCCACGGCCACUCCCGCCGCGCAGGAGUCGGGCACCAUCCCCAAGAAGCGGCAAGAAGUUUUGAAAUGGAAUGGAUGGGGAUAUAAUGAUUCCAAGUUCAUCUUCAAUAAGAAAGGCCAAGUUGAGUUGACUGGGAAAAGGUACCCACUUAGUGGCAUGAUUUUACCAACUUUUAAAGAAUGGAUUGAAAAUACCCUUGGAGUAAAUUUGGAGCAUAAAACUACCUCGAAAGCAUCCUUAAGUCCUAGUGAUACACCUCCUUCUAUUGUAAAUGAAGAUUUUCUUCAUGAGCUUAAAGAAACUAAUAUUUCAUAUUCACAAGAAGCAGAUGAUCGGGUAUUUAGAGCUCAUGGUCAUUGUCUUCAUGAGAUAUUUUUGCUCAGGGAAGGAAUUUUUCAUCGAAUUCCUGAUAUAGUUUUAUGGCCAACAUGUCAUGAUGAUGUAGUUAAGAUUGUGAAUCUAGCAUGCAAAUAUAACCUUUGUAUCAUACCAUUUGGUGGAGGAACAAGUGUCUCAUAUGGCCUGAAGUGUCCUGCAGAUGAGACAAGAACAAUUAUUUCUUUGGACACUUCACAGAUGAAUCGAAUCCUCUGGGUUGAUGAGAACAAUCUGACAGCUCAUGUAGAGGCUGGCAUAACAGGACAAGAAUUGGAAAGACAGCUUAAAGAAAGUGGUUAUUGUACAGGUCAUGAACCAGAUUCCCUGGAAUUCAGCACUGUGGGAGGAUGGGUAUCUACUCGGGCAUCAGGCAUGAAGAAGAAUAUCUAUGGCAAUAUUGAAGACCUGGUGGUUCAUAUAAAAAUGGUAACACCUAGAGGUAUAAUAGAAAAAAGCUGUCAAGGACCUCGUAUGUCAACAGGCCCUGAUAUCCAUCACUUCAUCAUGGGAUCUGAAGGAACUCUUGGUGUGGUAACAGAAGCUACAAUAAAAAUCAGACCAGUCCCUGAAUAUCAAAAGUAUGGCUCAGUAGCUUUCCCUAAUUUUGAACAAGGAGUAGCCUGUUUAAGAGAAAUUGCAAAACAGAGAUGUGCUCCUGCAUCUAUUCGCCUCAUGGACAACCUGCAGUUUCAGUUUGGCCAUGCUCUUAAACCUCAGGUUUCCUCUAUUUUUACAUCGUUUUUGGAUGGAUUAAAAAAGUUUUAUAUUACAAAGUUUAAAGGAUUUGAUCCAAAUCAACUAAGUGUUGCUACAUUACUGUUUGAGGGGGACCGUGAGAAGGUUCUUCAACAUGAAAAACAAGUAUAUGACAUUGCGGCAAAAUUCGGUGGAUUGGCAGCUGGAGAAGAUAAUGGACAGAGAGGUUAUUUGCUAACCUAUGUCAUUGCAUACAUUCGAGACUUGGGUUUGGAAUACUAUGUAGUAGGAGAAUCUUUUGAGACUUCUGCUCCUUGGGACAGAGUUGUAGAUCUCUGUAGAAAUGUGAAAGAAAGAAUAAUAAGGGAAUGCAAAGAGAAGGGUGUUCAGUUUGCUCCUCUUUCUACAUGCAGGGUGACGCAGACUUACGAUGCAGGUGCAUGUAUCUAUUUCUACUUUGCCUUUAACUACAGGGGAAUAAGUGAUCCACUGACUGUUUUUGACCAAACCGAGGCAGCUGCUAGAGAAGAAAUCCUCGCUAAUGGAGGGAGUCUGUCACAUCACCACGGAGUGGGCAAGUUACGGAAGCAGUGGCUAAAAGAAAGUAUCUCUGACGUCGGCUUUGGGAUGCUGAAGUCUGUCAAGGAAUAUGUGGACCCCAAUAACAUCUUUGGAAACAGAAACCUUUUAUAAAUCCAUUACUGUUAUUACGAAAAAAUGUCAUUUUUUUUAAAGUCUUCAACUAUGGUUAUGCCAGUAAUCAUAUAUAUCAUGGACUAUAUUUUGGCUACAUGUGUUUGUUGGUUUAACAUAAGUUUGCUUCAUUCUGUAAUUUGUUUUGUUUCUGCAUUUGUGGAUUGACAGAUGGUGUUCCUAAGUCUCUCUCAUUUGGUUAUCAUUUCAGAUUUUAGUAAGUCUGCCAGUUGUUAUGUCAGAGGAAGAUGCUGCCAGCUGUUUGGUAUUGAUGUUUCUUCUUAACAAAGGCAGAUUUUAGUGUCAUCUAAUGCUUACCUAGCCUCUUUUUAAAAACAACAUAUCUGGGAAGCAGAUAUCUUGGGAAGAAUUCCACUGAGGAGUGAUGCACAUGUAUGUUUAAGAGUGCAUUCUAGUGUGAAUAGGCCAGUAAGGGAGGAUACUCGUGAAACAAUAUUGGCCGUCUGUUACUUGGGAUGCUUUCCGUUCUGUAAGGUGGUUGGCCUACCCUUUCUUUUUAAUUAGUAUACAAUUAUAAAACUUUAAAUCAUCAAUAUACAAAUUAUUCUGUUUGGGGACGUGUUUUCUCUAUAUUUCUGUUUCUACUGAAGUAUGAGUUGUAUUUGUAUCACUGAGAUAACCUAUUGUUAUAUCUUAUUUCAUUCAUAAUAUGUUUUAUAAGAAAAGCUGACUUAUUGCUCAUUGUAUGUGAAGAACAGGUUUACCAUGAAAUGAAUGCCUUUAAUCAACUUAGAAUCCUAAUGUUUGUGAUUUCACAUUCCUGUUGCUGAAAUGCAGAAGCUGCAACAGGAAAGAAGGAAGACUCCUUGCAUUUAACAUCUCCAGUUCGAGGAAUUGUUUGGCUAAAGAAACACAGUCACCAUAUAGCUAUUGAAUGUGAAAGCCUCAACAGUUUCCAUGAUAAAUCUUUUUUUUUUUUCAAUUAACCCAAACAACAUGCUACAUUUUCAUGUAAAAGUAAAGUUUCAGUUUAGUUUUUAAUAAUGGUUUGCCUUUUUUGAAUUACUGGUUUAACGUAAAUUUUAAAAAACUGUAAUGUUUUAAUACACAUAGCAUAAUCAAAAAUUUGAAAUAUCAUAUUUCUUAAAUAAUAGGACAUUAAUCACAUUUAGCAAACAUUUUUACAUUCAAAUCUGGAUAUUAAAAUACGUGAAAUGAUUACUUUGAAUCACUGUCAAGGUUCAUGAUUCACAUUUUGAGAUGGAUUCUUUUCUUAAUGCAAUACCUAAUUUUUGAUAAUUUUUUAAAAUUAAUAUUUGAUCAGAUAAUGUAGGUCAAAAUGCAGAUGAUCCUGUAAAAGGACACACUGUCUGUCUAUGUAGCAACAGCUCCAGAGUAUUUUUGGGCAGUUUGAUACGUUUUAUAUCUGAAGUAGCCUUAACCAGAAAAGUAAAAAUUGACAAAAUGGUAUUUUUAAGACUUCAAGAUGAUAAAUAAUUUUUAAUUAAUAAAAUUGGCCUCAAACUAAUAAACUUAAAUCUGUAAGCAAAUAAAAACUAAAUAUUACUUUAACAACAAAAACAAAAUAUUGAUAUAUUAGAAACUGCCUCUCUACAUUGGUGAUUUAUUUUUAAGUAUAAAAUUUCCAGCAGAUCUGUGCUUAAAGCCCUUGAUGUUUGAAAUAGUUGGAUACUUGAUGAGGAAAUUACAUUUUAUUUGCCUCUAGAAUUAUAAUAAAAUAACAGCUUUAUAAAAUGCAUCUAUUCAUGAAGAUGAUUUCUCUAAUCAGUAAUCAAAAUGUAAAAUUUAAUAUGGUACUAAUAUCUCACUGGAGUGUAUACAUGUUUCUGAGUAAUUUUUAAAAAAUAAAACAUUCAUAAGCAGAUCAUUUUAUUUGCAUGUGAUUGUUAUAGCAUUCUUUCCCAGGCAGUUCAGAUUUCAACAACCUCAGAAAUUCUGUAUUUGAUAUUAGGAAACUAUAAAUGUAACCCCUGGAAUUGCUGUGUUCACUAUUCUACAUGAACCUUGUGGAAAUCAGUGAUUUAUGUCUUUGUUUUCCUUCUCCCAUGUUUGCAGGAUGCCCCAGUCGAUUUUAUAGUGAUGACCACAUUUUGUAGUUGGGAUCAUUUGGAAACACAUGAGCACUCAUCAGUGCAGUUUCACUCUGACUUAGUAAAUCAGAAAACCUUCUCCCCACUUUCAUACCCAGCUCUGAGAGGUGCUGCUGCAUAUACUUACGUGUGUGGAGAGCUAAGUUCCUGACUGCAAGAAGCACUUAAACCUUGCCUUGUAUUUCUGAAAUAUCUGAAAAUGGCCUCAUAAAACUUAGAGCCUGGAGAACAUUGUUUUUGUGAGGCUUCCUAACUCAUUUUGAAUGAGUUUAUUUAAAAUUUUAAAUUCAGUAUUUGGUUUUCAGUACUACAUAACACUGGCUGGUCUUAGUCAUAUUUCUAAUAUUUCUAACAUUUUAUUUGAUUGAUAUCACAUUUGGAUUGGAGUUUUAGUGGGAAUGGGUACUUGCUGCUAGUGAGAAAUGACAUUGAAUACUAAAGACUCAAUAUGAACAGGCUUUAUUGACCCUUAGAGUAACUUGCCUUAAUGUCUGGUGCAAUUUACAGUACAUAAGUGAAUUUAGUCCUGUGCUGAGUAACUUGAACUUUUUUAGUUUAGUAAGAAUUGUAAAAGCCACAUGUUUAUUGUACCCAGCAUAUUACUACAGAGAAAGAGGAUUAAAUUCUUUCCUCUUAUGAGGAAUUGAGUUUUCUUCCUAAAUGCUUAAAAUGCUUACAUUAUUAUGUACAGUACAGGUACUUAAAAGUUACCUAUGAAGCUGGAAGCCUUCUGUAUUUCGUAAAACAAAUGGAACGGAUGAGCGUCCAUCAGUGUGUACGUGAAACCAGAUACAGAUGGCUCCAAGGAAACCUCUUUUACAGAUUAUUCCCAGUAACUGUGAAGUCCUAGCUUGCAUUUUUAAAAAUGCCUUUGUGCAUGUUGGCUCCAGAGAUUUUCCUUUGUUUUAUUCUUUUAUAGCUACAACUUCUUACCCAUUGCUGAGCAGGGAAGCUUUGUAGCCCCAAGCUGAAGCGUGUAAUCUUGGCUGUUCAGAUGGGGCUGGGUUUGCCGAGGUUCUAUGCUAUGUAAAUGCGGAACACAAAUGGUUGUGUGUUAGGAGUUGAUUCACAAACGGCAUGUGCUGGUGCUUGUGGCAGCCAAAAUGGAAUGUGGAAAACGUAUCUACAUUUUAAGAAACACUGAGAUAGGAACUAAAGACAGCUUUAAUAGUUUUUUGUUUACCACUGAAUAUUUAGCCACUUUGAUUUUAAUUAGGGCUUAGCCCACGGUGGGGAUAAAAGCCAAAAGUAGCAAGUGCCAGUUAGGACUGAGAAUCCAGAAUCGCCUUUGGCUUCAUAAGUUAUGGAAGCUUCGCUUUGCCCAAGGCUUCCUGUUCCCAAAUGAGCCACGUGACAGUAUAACCAUGUAAUUUUUAUUUAUAAAUUUCAAUUUCCUAAAAGAGAAACAACACAUACUUUGAUGCUAAAAUUCAGAAAGCAUAAAACAUUUUUUAACUAUUGAAAUACAGUGUCUGACAUGGAGGAUGUGAAUUACUCAGCUUUCUGCUUCUUAAGCCAAACAGUGUUUGUCUUUUAACUGUAAAAACUACUUGUAAUGUCAACAGAUUGUAGAAACUUAUAUUAUUAAUAAAAUGGACCUGGGUCUGAGA